AAGCACCUAAGCAUCGAUCACAACUCAAUUCCAUCCCAUUUCUCUUUACUUCUCUUCACUAAUUAGCCCUAUUACUUCAUUCCUUUUUUUCCCUUCUUUUUGCCUCUGAUUUUCUCUAAUGGCAGAUACUAGUGGUUCAGCCACUACUAAGAGAAUGGGGUUUGCCGUGCCUGAAAAAAUGCAACUGCACUUGGCCAUGUUGACCUUGCAGUUUGGUUAUGCUGGUUUCCAUGUUGUCUCUAGAGCUGCCCUUAAUAUGGGCAUUAGCAAGAUUGUCUUCCCAGUUUAUAGGAACAUUCUUGCUUUCCUUCUACUUCUUCCCUUUGCCUAUUUUCUUGAAAAGAAAGACAGGCCACCACUUACUUGGAAUUUUGUUAUUCAGUUCUUCCUCCUAGCAGUUGUUGGAAUUACUGCAAACCAAGGAUUCUACUUGUUGGGGUUGGACAACACUUCCCCUACUUUUGCUUCUGCCAUACAAAAUUCUGUCCCUGCCAUUACAUUUCUCAUGGCUGCAGUACUCAGGAUAGAAACAGUGAGACUGAACAGAAAAGAUGGAAUAUCAAAAGUGUGUGGAACAUUAUUGUGCGUGGCUGGAGCAUCAGUAAUUACACUAUACAAAGGGCCAACAAUUUACAGCCCAAAUCCACCACUACAAAGGACCUCCCCAGUGUUACUGGCUUUAGGAGAUGCUAAGGGGAAAAACUGGACCUUGGGCUGCAUUUUCUUGAUUGGACAUUGUUUGUCAUGGGCCGGGUGGCUCGUUUUGCAAGCACCGGUUCUUAAGAAGUACCCGGCUAGGCUUUCGGUUACAUCGUAUCAGUGUUUCUUUGGAGUCAUACAAUUCCUUAUAAUUGCAGCUUUUUGUGAAAGAGACCCUCAGGCUUGGCUUGUUCACUCUGGUGGUGAACUAUUCAGUGUCUUCUAUGCUGGAAUUGUAGCAUCAGGGAUAGCAUUCGCUGUACAGAUAUGGUGCAUUGAUAGAGGGGGUCCAGUUUUUGUUGCCGUUUAUCAACCUGUUCAGACUCUUGUAGUUGCUCUUAUGGCUUCCCUCGCUUUGGGCGAAGAAUUCUAUUUGGGAGGGAUUAUUGGAGCGGUAUUGAUCAUAACAGGAUUGUAUUUCGUGCUAUGGGGCAAAAACGAAGAACAGAAAUUUGCAAAGGCAGCAGCUGCAGCAAUUCAAUCCCCAGUGGAUAUUUCUAACAACAGGCCAACAAGUCACAUCAAGUCCUCUUUGGCCCAACCACUUCUUGGUUCUUCAACUGAUCAAAAUGCUUAACAAAAAAUGUUUGCUGGAAAUCAGAAAAAAAAAAAAAAUCUGCUAUCCUUCAUAUUAAGAAAAGAAAAAAAAAAGCUUUGGUGUGUAUGCAAUUUUUUUUUUGUGGUCUAGUUUAGGUUUUGUUCCCCUUUUCGUUUUUUAGUAGCACCUAAAGGGAUGUGAUGAUUACUAUUUUUGGAGUUGGAUCUAAGCAUGCAAAUCCCAAGUUGGUUUUUA